UAAAAAAGUCAAAAUAGUAAAGGCGUACUGAAAGGUCCACAGCGCAUCUUCUCUGCGCCUCUUCGCAUCUUCGCUGAUCCGUUCAAAUGGUGGUGGCCUCCGCCACUCCGCCGGCCGCCGCCGGCCGUACUCGCCAGCACCCUCCUUACAAAGAGAUGAUAGUGGCCGCCGUGAAGGCGAUCAAGGAUAAGCGCGGAUCCAGCGCCCAGGCUAUCAGCAAGUUCAUCCGCGGCACCUAUGCCGACCUACCCUUGAAGCACAGCGCCAUUCUGAAGCGCCACCUCCGCCGCCUCAAGAAGCGUGGCGUCCUUUUCAUGGUCCGGCACUCCUACAAGCUCACCGAUGCCUUGGACGGCGAGAUCCCGCCGAAUGGGGAGAAACGGAGGCCGGGUCGCCCUCGCAAGGUCGCGCUUGCUGUGGAGGGAAAAAAGCGGAAGCCCGGUCGGCCCAGGAAGAGCAAUGGUGAAGAUGCUAAAUCGGAUUCUGGUGCUGCCGUCCCCAAAAGGAAGCCCGGGCGGCCCCGAAAAGAUGCCGAUGCGGGCGUGACUCCCAAAAGGAAGCCUGGAAGGCCAAGGAAAGGUGAUCCUAUGGCAGCUCCAGUACGUUCGACGCUGCCAAAAUCGUCACUUGCCACAACUAGUUCCGGCGAGAAGAGAAAGAGGGGUCGACCACCUAAAACAUCUACGGAAGCAGCUCUGUCCGGUGAAAAGCUUACACUUUUUGGAUCGUCAUUUGCAUCGGCGGCUGCUACUUCAUCAAAGGAGAAGAAGAAGCCUGGUCGGCCGCCGAAAUCAUCAUCGGAGGCAGCUCAACCCCAAGCAAAUCUGAAUCCUUUCGCACUGCCAAAUGCUCCCGUAGCCGGAGCUUCUCCCAGUGGGAAGAGGAAGCGGGGACGGCCACAGAAAUUCUCCUCUGACAAAAUUCAAUCCCGAGAUUCCCUGGCGGAGCCAGCCAAAGCUUCAGCAACAGGCGAUGCUCCGGUUGAUGCCAAGCGGAAGCCCGGCCGCCCACCUGGAAGCACCACCAAGAAGCCAAAUGAAACCGGGAGCAAGAAACUAGGCCGCCCAAAGAAGCACGACGUUCCGGCAUUUAUACUAGAGGGAACAUCGACGGCGGCGUCAAGCCCGAAACGACGAGGGCGACCUCCCAAAAAGACGGAUUUAGAACCACCCACUCCGACGGUGAACUAAUCCUCUCUGAGCUAAACCAUUAGAUCUAGUAUGAUUUUAUAUCUAUUCUCAGUUUGCAAAGACAGACACGAGGUAGAUGCCAGCAGACAGCUGUGUUGCUCCUCCAUUUUGUUCUUGUGUAGUUUGCCAAGUUCUUAGUUUGGUAGGUCUCAAGGAAGAUUGCUUGUUUGUUUGCUCAAACUAAUUCACAAUUUAGAUGGUAAAGCUUGACUUCAUUAGGUUGCCAAUUGUUGUGAAAUUUAUAACUAUUGUAUUGAACCUUUUAUCUUCUAAUUCCUCUUUUGUUUGAA